AUGCUGUGUGUUUGCUCGCGUUUGCUGUGCUGGACGUUGAAGGACCGCAAAGCUGCCAGAGCUGUUCUGCUUACCGAAUUGAACUCGGUGAUAGCACAUCGCCUGGUGGAGACUCGGGAACGCGAGAUGAGGGCCCUUCUUCGAUCUCGGGGUGCCCUGCAACCGUCGCCUGAGGCGUCGGCGACUUUGCUCUCGCCUGCUGAAACUUCCGAGGUGGCGGUGUCCUGCCUUCCGAUAUGCCAACGCCUUGGCAAGGGGGCGGUGGAACCCUUCUGGGCUUGUGUGAUUCACAUCCUUGAAGAAGGCCACGUUUUAUCCCUGACCGCCAGUUUUCUAGGUUGGUUUUCGCGUCAAGCUGACUUGGCGCGUAUUUGGCACGCCUCACUUCCACGGUACGCAAUAGAAAACCCACCCUUCCAUGCUGGUGGGUGUCGUGUUGGCGUCUCCUCAAAUCCUGAUUCAUAG